AGUGAGUGUUUGGGAGCAGUGAUUAACUCAGCUGUGCAGAGCAAACUGGAGUCAGUGAGCAGGAUUGAGAAGUGCAGGUCUGACAGCCAAGCGUGUGUGAACAUAUUCAAAGUUUCUGCUCGUAGCCAAGUUUUCUGGACGCGUUCCUUUUCUCCCCACUCGUUUUCGGGCGAGUUGGGCCUCCUGCGCAAGGAUUGGCUAGUGGCGGAGGAGUAUGAGGUGUUAGCCAAUCCAAGUGCAGCGCACGAAGCACUACUAGCCAAUCGUGGCGCGGAGGUGGGAUUUGUUGGAUUACAGGUGGGAAAAACAACAACGCGUUUUGGACCGCACUGAAAACAUGGAGUCGGGGAAAUGGCGCUUUACUUCGUCUCUAAUCCUUGCUGUGUUAACGUUUUUAUGCACGCACGGACAGGUUAAUGGGGACUGCCCUGCUGAUGGACGCACAUGGGUACCCUUUGGCCAGAACUGCUACCACUUCCUGCAUGGAGAAGAGGACGUCUUCAAACGCUACACCAUGGAAAAGGCUAAAGAAAUAUGUAGAGACUUUGCCCUCCUGACAGUGCUCAGCGCUGAAGAGAAUGACUUCAUCGCUGACUACAGCCUGAAAGUGUGGGAAGGCAACAUCGAUGUCUGGCUGGGAAUGUACUACGACAGUGAUGAUGAUGAGUUUAAAUGGAAUGAUGAGUCUCCUUUGACCUUUAAGAACUGGGAAGAGGGGGGUGCAGAAGAUAUGCCCCUGAUUGACACAUGUGUCGCACUGCACGUUGCCUCAAGGAAGUGGGAGAACGUCAGCUGCUCUGAGCAGCCGGAGAAUGGAGUGGUGUGUAAAACAGCCCAGAAAGCAGAAAAGAUAAAAAUGAGGCUCAGGAGACUGUCGCAGCCUCUUAGGUCUGGACAAGUGAGACGAGACGUGCAUAUGCAACAAAGCCUAAUUUAUUGGAGAGGAAUACAAUAGUUCCUGGCUGGGAGAGGGGCGGACUGGAGGAGGAUCCGCACGCUGCAUCUGCACUGCAAUGAGGACAAUGGGAGAAACGCUCCUGCCUGCUUCUAUAUGCUGGCAGUUUCAUUUUAUAAGCCAUGCAAUCCAGCAAGCAUACAGCUAUAGGACAAUGAUGGCUGGAGUGAUACUUCCAAAAAAGUAUGAGAACAUGAUGCCUGCCACCAUUAGCUGAUCUAGGUAUUGUCAUUUUCUCAGCAUACUCUAGUGUUUUUUCAUGUUUUUACCCUUAUGGCACAUAUCUCUCUUAAGUCACAUUGGUGUAAUUAAUUUCAUUAUGAGAAUAAUGAACUAGACCACAGCUAAGAAGCAUUAUUGGUUUAGAAAUGAACAAAUUGUCUAUCUUCCUAGGACUGUGCACUUACAUUGUUUUUCUUAAAUUGGAUGUUCCUUAUCAUGCAUAGAGGUGAUUAACAUAAUUAAUGGGCUUCUUGAUAUGAGUAAAAAGAGCCUCUCGUCUGUCGUUGCCUAAGAUUCCUGGAGAAUGAUGGCCCCAGCUUUCAUUCUAAUUACACUGCACUGCCUAGCAUGGUGCUUUAUUUCGUCAGACAGGCUUCAGCUUUUGUCUUCUAUCUCUCCUCUGCCUGUGCGCUCUCGGCUGCUGGCCUGUUCGCCUCAAGAUGGAUGGUCUGUGUGGAACAUGCAUUACACCAGGCCUGUCACCAUUAUGAUUAUGGCUGUAAUGGCCUAUUUUUGACCAAAUAACACGAAAGGCGUCUCAUUCACACGUCCCUGCUCUCCGCUGCUGCCUGAAGGAGGAAGGCGUUAGCUCUGACCUGAACUUGCUAAUUAAAAGGGACAGAGGCGCACAUUAAUAAGACAUGACAUUCAGUGACAGUUGGCAUGGAAAUGUGCAGACCAGAUAGGCUAUUACAGCUGCUGCACACCAGGAAUUGGAACCAUUUUCGUCCUUUGUUGCAAAAAAUGGUGUUUGCGCACGUGUACUGAAGCCACUAAAGACUUUCAAAGGCCUCGAUGCGCUGCAGUUGGGGGUUAAACUAGGCCAGAGCUCACCUGAGUUGAGCUCCUGGCUUGUACUGAAUUUAGGUUUUUACUAAAUUCGAUUGAAUUACUAUGAUGCUUGGCCUUCUGACUUGCCAACUGACUGUUAAUGCUAAAUGUACUUAAAGAGUACAUCAUGGAAAACUGAAUUUUCCUAACUUAAGAAAAAUAAAAAAAAAACACUCUUCAUUCCACAGUGAAUGAAGUGUCCGUAUAUAGAAACUAAACUGAAAAAAACCCUGCUUUGAAUUCAGUGUUUUUGUGAUGUCAGAAAAACAUCAUAUUUACAAAUAUUCACCUAUUCAGCCUACAGCAGUAUUACUCUGCCCAUUCACACUAACUACACUAACUAGCUAAUGUUAUAAGCUGUGUUUCAGUCCGAAUAUAACAGCAUGGUAACAAAAACAGCCAGUUUAAUUCUUAGAGAUAAAGAGAGGUUGGAAACCAUCUUGUAAAAAUUAAUUUUGUCUGUUUUUGGUAAACAGAACAACACAAAAGUGGAUGUCAGCAGAAAAAAUCAAAUGCAGUCAAAGUGUAGGAUAUGGGCCCCUUAAAGCAGUGAGACCUCUCUGGUGGAAAUGUGUAUUUACACACAACAUUGCGGAGGAGCAUUUUGUCUCGUCAGUUGAGCUUCGGACCCCCACAAGCGGAUGAAUCUGAUGAUUGCAAGCAAGUGGCACGAGUAAUCAAAGAGGACUUGGUCAAAACUCCGUGAAGGACAUUUCUUCUGAGGAUAUGAGUGAAUUAUCUACUAAUGUCAUCAUACUUUCAUAAGUAUAAUGUUGAUUUUGCCUUUGAGACCUAAGCAUUGAGUCGAUGAUGAUAAUAUGUAAAGACAUAUGAUGAAACUACGAAAUCCGACCUGACAUCUCUGACUAUUAAAUGGCUAUUCAGGCCUUACAGGUCAACUCA